CUUAUCUCCUUCUUCACAGCCUCUUGUCGCCGGAGCUCCGGUGUUAGCUUCUGUGUGAAAGAGAGAGAGAGAGAGAGAGAGAGAGCAAUGGAAGCGGCAGGUUCAAUGUCUGUGUAUCGCAGCAAAGGUUUUCCGAGUGUCUUAUCAAGAUCUUCAAAAUUACAAGCUCGCUGCUUUCAUUUUCUUUCUGUCUCAGCUCCUCUACUGCGAAAAUUCAAAACUCAACAAGCAAUCCCUAGAAAGUCUUCGAAUGGGUUUCUUCUUUUCGUUCGAAAUUGUGGCCCCAUCACAGCCAAACCCUCUUCGGAAAUUCGGAAGAAAAGCGUGGAUUCGAAGCCCGACGAGAAGCUUCGCGCUCUCCGGGAGAUUUUCUCCAGACCCGGAAUCGGCAUCGAUGCUUAUAUCAUCCCUUCUCAGGAUGCCCAUCAGAGUGAGUUCAUCGCAGAAUGCUUUAUGAGAAGGGCAUAUAUAUCGGGGUUCACUGGGAGCGCCGGCACUGCAAUUGUCACAAAGGAUAAAGCCGCUCUUUGGACUGACGGACGUUAUUUUCUUCAGGCAGAGAAGCAGUUAAGUCCUAAUUGGAUUCUCAUGCGUGCUGGCAAUUUUGGAGUGCCUACUAGUGGUGAAUGGCUCAAUGAUGUUCUGGCUCCUGGUUGCAGAGUUGGCAUUGAUCCUUUUCUUUUUUCUUCUGAUGCAGCAGAGGAAUUGAAGGAGCUGAUUUCAAAAAAAAAUCAUGAGUUGGUUUACAUUUAUGAUUUUAAUCUUGUGGAUGAAAUAUGGAAGGAAUCGAGACCGAAACCCCCAAAGAAACCUGUUAGAGUGCAUGAUAUCCACUAUGCUGGCUUGGAUGUCCCAUCAAAACUGUCUACUUUAAGAUCAGAGCUCAUUGAAGCUGGUUCUUCAGCAAUUGUUAUUUCUAUGCUCGAUGAAGUUGCUUGGUUAUUGAAUUUGAGGGGAAAUGAUGUUCCACAUUCACCUGUGAUGUAUGCAUACUUAAUUGUGGAAAUUGAUAGCGCCAAGUUGUUUAUUGAUAGUUCUAAAGUCAACCCAGAAGUGAUGGCUCACUUGCAGAAUUCAGGAGUAGAACUGAGACCAUAUGAAUCCAUUCUUUCUGGAAUAGAAAGUUUGGGAGCCAAAGAGGUACAACUCUGGUUGGAUACAUCAAGCGUAAAUGCUGCCAUUUUUAACACCUACAGGUCUGCUGUUGAUAAGUACCCUGGGAGGAUUCGUAAUAAAAGCAUAAAUAAGACCAGGGCCAUCGAAUGUUCUCCUUGUCCUUCUGAGGAACCCCAUGGAGUUUACAAGAUUUCCCCUAUCAGUCUUGCAAAAGCAAUAAAGAAUCAUGCUGAACUGGAAGGGAUGCGGAAUUCACAUUUAAGGGAUGCUGCUGCUCUAGCACAGUUUUGGGCUUGGUUAGAAGAGGAAAUCCAUAAAAAUGUGGUACUAACAGAAGUAGAAGUUGCGGACAGGCUUUUCCAAUUCCGUGCGAACCAGGCUGGUUUUAUGGAUACAAGCUUUGAUACUAUUAGUGGUUCUGGCGCAAAUGGUGCUAUCAUACAUUACAAACCAGAGCCAGAGAGUUGUAGUGUUGUGGAUGCAGAGAAGCUCUUCUUAUUAGACAGUGGUGCUCAAUAUAUUGAUGGUACAACUGACAUAACAAGGACAGUACAUUUUGGUGAACCUACCUCUCGACAAAAGGAAUGCUUCACUCGUGUCUUACAGGGUCAUAUAGCCCUUGAUCAGGCAGUAUUCCCCGAAAAUACUCCUGGUUUUGUACUGGAUGCAUUUGCACGUUCUUUCCUCUGGAAGAUUGGACUUGAUUACCGUCAUGGGACUGGCCAUGGUGUAGGAGCUGGAUUAAAUGUACAUGAAGGCCCUCAAAGUAUUAGCUUUCGAUUUGGAAAUAUGACACCUUUACAAAAAGGCAUGGUUGUUAGCAAUGAACCUGGAUAUUAUGAAGACCACUCUUUCGGCAUUCGGAUUGAGAAUCUCCUUUUCGUGAAAGAGGUUGAGACACCAAACAAUUUUGGAGGACGUGGAUAUCUGGGAUUUGAGAAGCUCACAUUUGUUCCUAUUCAGAGUAAACUUGUUAACUUAGCUUUGAUGUCCAUUGCGGAGGUCAAUUGGCUCAAUGAUUAUCAUUCACAAGUUUGGGAUAAGGUUUCACCUUUGCUGGACGGUUCCACUCUAAAAUGGCUCUGGAACAAUACACGGCCGCUUAAUAAGCAGUGAUACCUUGUCAUCUGAUAAUUUCCUUGGGAAAGUGUAUUUUACCGCCUCAUUGUUUGUAAUAUAGUGUGGAAAAUGUUUCUCUGCCAUAUUGGAAGAUAAAUUUCCCAUCUUUUCAUGUAUAUACUAAAAUUUGACAGGAAAUGCAUUACAGAAUUUAUGGAACUAUAUUUGAAAUCUUCAUUGCUCAA